AUGUCGAGCAGCCUGCUCGCGCGAUCGGAGGAGGUGACGCUGAGACGACUGAGCGCCAAGGAGCUCAAGGCACGCUGCGCGGCAACCGGCGUCGCAAAGGGCGGAACCAAAGAAGAGAUGGUUUCGCGGCUGCUCAAUCCUGCGGCCCACCAGGUCAAGGCGAGGGCCGUCAAGAAGCGGAGUCGGCGCGUGAUCGUCUGCAGCGACGACGAUGACGAGGAGCAGGAGACGGAGGAGGAGCAGGACACUUGCCCCUCUUGCCUUCGCCCUAUUGACGCGGAGGAGUUCAUCCACCCUUUCAACGGCAACUGCCACGCGUGCCAGGAAAAGGAAGGUCUGGCCUGAGCACGGCAAUUCACCUUCCUUCCGCCGUGCCGUGCCAGUCAUACUAGCGAAGCGCUGGCACAAAACGUGAAACGAUCCAUGAGGCAUGAUCACGCAGAUCCGGCAACGCGCUCGAAAGAGCGUGCCACGACGUGUCCAAGCGCGCAGGGGUCAGGCACAGCGCCUGUGAGAGCGCCACCCAAAGGCACCGCGCAGAUCCGUGCGCACACGAAGGCGAGGCCUCACAGAUGGAGGGGUGCUCGAACGGUCUUACCUGCUGCCUGGAUCUGUGCAUCGCGCCUACGGCUU